AUGGCGUGCAGACGCAGCAGACUCAAGAAAAUGGCCGCCACCAAUAACAACGAGGGCGGCUCGCGCGUCAAGCCUGACGAUGCCGAGUCACGUUCUGCCAACUCGCGUCCUGCUAUGGCAGAUCAUCGCGGGCGCGGACGCAGCAACGGCUCAAAGAACACGGCCGGGAUAAGCAUGCUCAACCCGGAGUCGGAUAUCUGGGUCCCCACGUCUGCGCAAGCCACGUCUCCGAAUGUUCAAAAUGCUUUCGUCGAUGCUACCAUCUUUGACCUUGGCAACGUGAAGCAUGACAGCAGUGGCCUUGACAAUCAGGCUGAGGAGAGCAACGGCCAGCAAGCCCACAACGGGACUGCAGACGGCGCCGUUCUUCAGAAUCAUGGCAACGUCGUCACAACUCCCGGUGGCGUCGAAGCCAAAGGCACCGCGCGUCGCGUCCCCGUCAAGGCCCGGGCCAAUACAAUUGCCACGGCCGGGGCUCCAGGUUCGGGAUCGGGGCUCUUUGAGCAGAUGACGUUUAAUCUUCUCAAUAAGACUCUUCGCAAUGGCGACGGCUGGAAAGCCGGAACUCCUUAG